AUGCAAAACUCAUUUUCCCCCAGCGCAACCAAAGAGCACAAAAACACAUCAAUUCCACCUUCAAGCGCACCCCCGCCUUCUUACAAUGAUGUUUGUGGCAGCGCCGUUAUCAUAAACCAAGAUGGAGAACCUCAAGUCCUAUCACCAGAGGAAGAGGUAGAGCGACAACAUCGACUGCAACAAGCCGUGCGCGAGAAGAUGUUAGGGUUACCGCGAACGACAAAGUUUGAAUGGUGCCAGCGAAAAUCAGGGAUGUCAGGAACCGAGAGCGAGGAACUACCACUGCCGCUAUAUACACUCUAA